CAGCAGCAUGAACAGCAGCCGCCAAAGAAUGCCGCCCAGCAAGCUUAGUUAGGUUAGGGCAGGGCAGAGUAAAGCGGUGUGCAAGGGAAGAAGGGGUGGAGACACGCUGGCAGCUACCCUGGCCUAGAUAUGCUGCCGAGAGAGAGAUCUGACUCUUGGUCUUGGAUUGUUUAACAACAGCCAUGUUCCAGCCCAGCUGAGGUCUAGCCCAGCAACCCAUGGGGAGUCCCACUCGGAGAGUCCUGCUGCUGCUCCUCCUCAACGCCUUCCUGCUGAACCUCCGGCCUGCUGCGCUCCAGUCCCACCAGCCGUGUCCCUGCGGAGAAGUCCUCACCAACUUUGAUUGCAGGACUUAUGGAGAGGGAAAUCUACCCAAGCUCUGUUCCCAAUGCCAGAACCAGCUGCAGGAAAGCCCAUCUCAGCAGUUGCCAGCCCUUUUCCUAAGCACCGCUCAAUGUUGCAAGAAUGGAAAACAGACUUGUCUGCAGGUCUAUGUGGCUCUGAACUCUACAGGUAUUGAAGGCUUAGAAUUGGAUUUUCUCGUUCCAAGUUCUAACCGUUCCGGCAAGCUUCAGGUCUUGAAAACAUGGGAGCAUCAGAACAAUACUGGGGCUGAGUGGCAGGUGGAGUUUGGCGGCUUCCAGGUGACCAGUGGUGAGCAGGUACAUGUCUCAGUGAAGACCAUUCAUUCCAGGAAGCUAAACCUCAGCCAGAGCUAUACACUCCGUACUAGGCGACCAGUUCCCCGUCCUUCUGGGCCUGAGUUCCAGUAUAAAUGGAUACCAGCUUCCAGGGCUAUUGAGGUGUCUUCUCUCAAGGCCAUCACUGCACGCCUGUGUCACAAGCUGAAGUGGGAAUGCACAGAACUGAACAAAUCUUUCCAUCAGCAGGUACAGGUUUCCAAACAUCGCCCUGUAGUGCUGAAGUAUGAGUACCUUCUUCCUUGUCUGUGCAUAGAGGCAUCAUAUAACCACAGAGACAGUAUCCGCAAGAUUGUGUGUCCUUUCCAGGAUCAGCCAAAAGCCUAUGCUGCAGAUCUCUGGUCCUCGUCGUACUUUCAUGACUUCAGUUCCAGUGACAAAACUGAAAUGGCCAUAGCUUUGAGUGCCCGCUGCUUCUUUUACCCCACCGUCUCACUUUGCUGGAAGGAGAACUCUGCUCCCGAGGCAACCUGCCAAGAUAUCCCCAAUUCCACAGUCAACCAGAUGAAAGCUUCUUCUAUGCCAUUCGAGUUUGAAGACAUUGAGAGGCUUACAAUUCCUGUUGCAGCAUACAGCAUUGAAAACGUAGAUGUGAAUCCACAGCUCUGCUUCAAGUUUUCUUACAUGAACACCAGCCACACUGAGUGCCCACACAAGACAGAUACUACCUGGAAUGUAUCUCUCAGUGUGAAAUUUCUGCAACUUCACUUAAACUUCCAUUCUCGCACACCGGCUUCUUUUAGUUCCGCCUUAUGCCAGCCGGGAUCUUCAAGCCAGUGCCAACCUGAACCCCCUGUCUAUACCAUCUCCCAUACAGGGGGAUCUGCCUUGGGUGAGAUGAACCUCAUUCUUCCUUGGACAGUCUCGAGAAGUUGUGUGCUGGUCUGGCGUUCUGAUGUACAGUUUGCUGGCAAGCGACUCCUGUGUCCGGAUGUUUCUCACCGACGCUGGGGACUGCUGGCCUCUGCUGUAGUUUUGGGCUUGGGAUUUCUAGCUUUGGCAAUCUUCCUGAUUCACUGGAAUAUGCACAGACUCCGUAGAGACGUAUCUUGCCGUCAUCAUUCCCGUCCCAUCCUGCUGAUCUAUUCUCCUGAUUCAGAGGAGCACAAACAGUUGGUCUGCUCCUUUGCCGCAUUGUUGCGGUCGGCGCUGGGCUGCCCUGUGCUAUUGGACCUCUGGGAAUUGGGCCAUGUGGGACGACAGGGCAUCUUGCCCUGGAUGUAUGCCCAACGGGAACUCGUGGGUCGCAAGCAGGGCCAGGUCCUACUGCUGUGGAGCGCAGGCAGUGCCAAUGCUUAUGGACUCUGGCAAGGAGAAGUAAGCAGCCCUGGUAAGAAAGCCCCAGAACCCUAUGACCUCUUUGGGGCAGCCAUGGCCUGUUUACAAGCGGAACUUCAGGGUACGGCUGGAAAGGUCCAGCGAUGUGACUGGGUGAUUGCCUAUUUCAGUAAACUGUGCAACCGGCGGGAUAUUCCCCGUGCUCUGCACCUUCUUCCCCGUUACCGCCUGCCUCAGGACUUGCCAGACCUGGUUGGGGUCCUGCAGGGCAACUCCAGCUCAGGACCCAGCUGGCUCCAUGCUAGUGCCAAAGCCCUUGUGUGCCACCUGCUCAAAGCCGAGAAGAAGAGGAGUUCACGGAAACAGCGGAAUCAGCCAUGGAGCAAGAACAUCAGGUGCUUGGAAGAAUCGCUGUUCCCCCUCACUCAACUCAAGGUGCACAGGCCAAGCUGCACUUAAGGGCUGUGGACUAAAGGUACAUUGCAAAAUGGGAUUGAUCCCACUGGUUAUCCGUAGGCAGAAGGUGUUCAUUAGGCCUCAGAAGAGUCGGCUUCUUUAUGGUGCCUAAGAAAUGGCAUCUGUAAUCAUCUUGGCCGGUAAAUCCAAUGCCACAAAAACCAAGGAAGGGGUCCAGCUCAGCUAAACGUAAAGCAGAGGGAUUUCUCUGGGUGUGCCAGAGAGCGCGCCCCUUCUCCAUCACCUGGUGGUCAUGGUAUCUGUUGCCAUAGAGAUGAUAGGGUACUGCGAAGAGGGGUCGUGGCCUUGCUGCUGAAAGCGGGGUGGUGCAAUAUGAACCUUGUGGGCAGUCGUGCGAGUGAUUCACAGGGGCUGCUUUCUAGCAGAUUCAUCCUGGAGGAUUGUAAGCUUGUCGAAAGGCAGCCAGGUUAGGCCCAGGGAAGAGGAUCUUGUUGCACGCUAGAUGGACUGAACGAAGAGGCCGAAUUCUUGCUUUGUUCGACGUCCAUCACUUCAGGAUUCUAACCCACAGAAGGUGGAGGACACCUCUGACACCUUUCAGAAUGUUCGUUUUUUUUUCUUUUCUUUUUGAAUCAUGGUUCCUUAACAUUUCUACUUGUGGAGACACAAAGA